AUUGUUUGAUAUGUCAGAAAUAUAAUAUUAAGAUGGAUUCUAUGGAGAAACUUCGUUAUUGUCUGAAAUUGCAAAACUAUACAUUAGAACAUAGAAUUAAUGUAUUAAAAGAAUUAGGAGUGCCAGUUAUAAGUAUAUCUUUAUUGAACCAUACAGUCUAUCAUUUUCGCACAAAAUUAUCAAAGUUUAAAAAUAAAGUUAAUAUUCCAGCCGAACUAAAUAUCGCUGCAAAUAUAUUUGGUGAUAAAGUUCCUAAACACAUUUCCAAAUUGCAUGAUACAUUGACAGUCCAGGAAUACUAUCAGACAUGUCUUUUGUAUUACAAAAAUCGGAUAUUCAAUCUAUCAUAUUUAGAUGAUAACAUAUUAUUGAACAGUUACAUAAAAAUAAAGAGUAUAAGAAUGAUUGAAGAGACGUUGAAAGUACUCAGGCUUGAUCUCCAUUAUGAUGAAAAAAUGAUACAAAAUAAUCCUUCGAUUAUCAUUGCUCCUGCCGAUAAUAUCAGAUUGCUGUUGAAUAGUUCUACAGAAGCUUUAGGAAUGCCAAUUGUAACAUUUUUGAGAAAAUAUCCCUUUAUACUUUUCCAAGAUGCAGUUAAUGUUAAACGAUUACUGAAAUUGUUCAAGAAGUAUGAAAUACCGGAUAAAUAUGUAAAGAAUUGCAUGAAUAUUUUUCUAAUAAGUUAUGAAGACUUCCAAGAACGAUUAGAAAUGAUAAAACAGCACCCGAAUCUAAACUUGUGGUAUAAGCAUCCGCGAAUGCUGCAAAUUGUAUACAGGAUAAAGCAGACAAAACAACGUAUAGAAUACAUUAACAUCAUGGAUUCUUCGAAAUGGGCCCAACCACAAACGUUCCUGUCUUCAAGCCCAACAAUGGACAAAUCUUUACAAACCGGCUUAGUUUCAUCCAGAAGCAGUUUAAAGCAUAUAUUUAUACAGGAAUUGGGAGUAGACAAAAGCAAGUUACUAAUGAGGCAUCAACAUUGGAAAAUGGCUACAUUUAAUGAUAUCAUGCUGAUGUUAAAAUACUUAAAGAAACAUUUUACGAUAAACGAAAUAUGCUCCAAUAUACACAUCGUACUUUAUGAACAAUCGAGAGUGAAAAAAGUACUGGCUGAUUUAAAACGACAAUAUUCUCAGAAUGUAGAGUACUCGUUUACUAAUAGCCAGUAUCUCGCAUUGUGUCUAUAUAUGUUGGAGAAAAAUAACCAUUUCACAGGUGAUGGUGUUUGGAUCAAUGAACAGAACAUGAAGGAGCAAUCUUUGAAAAAAAGAAAUAUUAUAGAAAAAUUUGAUGAUAGUACAGAUAAUCUAGAAGAUAUCAAUAAUAAUUUCAAUAUGAAAAAUAACAGUUGAUAAUAAUAUAGAUGUAAGGUUGUAGCAUUCAAUAACAAUAUACUUAAUGUAAAUAGUUGGAACAAUAAUAUACAUAAUGUACAUAAACA